AAGCCUGUGCUCUGGCACUUUCUGUUCACGCUUUCUACUUACUGCUUACGGCUUACGGUCAUUGUAGACCACGCUUCGUAGUAUGCAGGUUGUGACAGAAUGUCGUUGCUUACACAUUUCGGAACAAAUUAUUUUUCCUUGACAGAUAUUUUAUGUACGGAAGAACGAUUAUCAUGCAAAGUGGAGAUUACGUUACCUCGUUUGGGUUUUCUGGAUCUCUCUUCUGAAUCUGAGGAUUUAAAACCAGGUACAAAGUUAGAGCUUCCAUUGUGGCUGGCACAACCAUUGAAUGUCUCAAGAGAUCCUGUAAUUAGUAUAGAUAUACCAAAAACAUACAAAGAAGGCUAUCGAGAAAUCUUACUAGCUGAUGCAUGUACUGUUAUAUUGAAUAAGUGGAAUCCAUAUUAUUAUGAAUUAGGAAUGUACUUAAAAAAGUUUAAUAAUCGUGAUUGUGAAAUGAUCAUCGACAGUUUAUUGCUAACUUUUAGAUCUCGAUUUAGGCUAAUUAUGGACUGGGCACAGAAUCCUACUGCUGAUCCCACACUUAAUAAUUUAUUGCCAAGAUUAGAGAGAGAAUUAUUUGUCUCAGGAAGAAGAGCCAAGCAACAACUGGAAGAAUGGCUAAAAAAAGGUUCAAAUGUUAUUGAAACUUCACAAAGUGCUGUGAAUCUUAAGAAACGUAAGCGAACAGAUUAUGAAUUCAAUUGAGAAACAUAAUACAUGAAAAAAAUUCUAUUUAUACAAUAAUUAUUAUAUGUGUAUACAAUGACCAAUAUAGUUUUAAUGUGAUUGAUUAAUAGGAAUAAUGAAGCACAAUGUAUAUAAUAAUAUUAAACAAAAUUUAUUAUCUUAUAAA